AGCAGCGCUGAACUGCAAGUCCCAGGGUCCCUUGCGGCUGCCGUAGUCAAGUGGCCAGUGGAAUUGGCCCAGGAUGACAGCUGGAGAAUGGAGUCAGUUUUAUCCAAGUAUGAAAACCAGAUUACUAUUUUCACUGACUACUUAGAAGAAUUUCCAGAUACAGAUGAGCUGGUAUGGAUCUUAGGGAAGCAGCAUCUCCUUAAGACGGAAAGAUCUAAGCUGUUGUCUGAUGUAAGUGCUCGUCUAUGGUUUACAUACAGAAGGAAAUUUUCACCAAUUGGAGGAACUGGCCCUUCAUCAGAUGCUGGCUGGGGAUGUAUGCUACGCUGUGGACAGAUGAUGCUAGCUCAAGCCCUUAUCUGCAGACACUUGGGAAGAGACUGGAACUGGGAGAAACAAAAAGAACAACCCAAAGAAUACCAACGGAUCCUCCAGUGCUUCUUAGAUAGAAAAGACUGUUGCUACUCUAUUCAUCAAAUGGCACAAAUGGGUGUAGGAGAAGGGAAAUCAAUUGGUGAAUGGUUUGGACCAAAUACAGUUGCACAGGUGUUAAAAAAACUUGCUUUAUUUGACGAGUGGAAUUCCUUGGCUGUUUAUGUUUCAAUGGAUAACACGGUGGUCAUUGAAGAUAUCAAAAAAAUGUGCUGUGUCUUUCCCUUGAGUGCUGACACAGUUGGUGAAAACCCCCCAGAUUUUCCAAGUGCUUCCAGCCAGAGUAAGGGCACCUCUGCAUGCUGCCCAGCCUGGAAACCCCUGCUGCUCAUUGUGCCCCUUCGCCUGGGCAUAAAUCAAAUCAACCCUGUCUAUGUUGAUGCAUUCAAAGAGUGUUUUAAGAUGCCACAGUCUUUAGGGGCAUUAGGAGGAAAACCAAAUAACGCCUAUUAUUUCAUAGGAUUCUUAGGUGAUGAGCUCAUCUUCUUGGACCCUCACACAACCCAGACCUUUGUCGAUACUGAGGAGAAUGGAAUGGUUGAUGACCAGACUUUCCAUUGCCUGCAAUCCCCACAUCGAAUGAACAUCCUGAACUUGGAUCCUUCUGUAGCAUUGGAAAUUCUAAAGGAGAAUUUAAGGAUGUUUGAAUUAGUUCAGAAACAUCCAUCCCACUGGCCUCCCUUCGUACCUCCAGCCAAGCCAGAAGUGACAACCACUGGGGCAGAAUUCAUUGAUUCUACUGAACAACUAGAGGAGUGUGACCUGGAGGAGGAGUUUGAGAUUCUGAGCGUAUAGAAGGAAUAGUGGGAACUCAACUUGGAGAUCUGUCUUCCAUCUGGCACCAUACGAACAUGAGCUCAUUACAUAAAACUUUUCCAGUCAGCAAGUGCCUGAUAUGCCAACAGCAUACAAACUCAAUAGCGAUCAUGACUGAGCCAAUCACCAUUUCUCAGAAAAGAAAACAAAAGCCCCUCCUCAGAAAGAAAUGCAACAAUCGUGGAGCCCAGGAGCAGAGAAAUUAGGAGAAGGCCGUUGCUUCCCAGCUUGUCUUACGUGGCUACAACAAGUCUUCAGUAACUGAAAGGUGAAGAUGGACAUCUGGAAUAGAGACAGCAGUUCUCAUCUUGCUUCAGACACCAGCAGAUGAGAGACAGUUACUCCAUUUUCUUCACCCUUUCAGAUGUGACUUCUUUUGGGCUAAAAACUAAGAAGCAAUCUGUUCUCUUGCUCUAAUAAUAAAGUGACCGAAACAGGGAGAAAAAAAUUCUUGUUAAACUAUUUGACUAUGUAUUUUAAAUAACCACGAUUUGUAUCCAAAAGUUUGUUAAAGAAAUUAUGUCUAAUGUACCCUUCUUGAUUUCCUUCCUAUUUGGGGGAACCUUACUAAUUGAUGGGUCACUGUCACUGUCCUUUCUGAAACUUUUGUCAGACGUCACCCUGUCCUUAAAUCAAAUCAUGAUCGCUUAAAUCAGGGGUCAGCAAACUUUUUCUGUAAGGGGCCGGAUAGUUUCUAUUUUAGGCUUUGCAGGCCACAUGGCCUCUGUCACAACUACUCAACUCUGCUGCUGUAGCGCGAAAGCAGCCAUAGACAAUGUGUACGCGAACAAGCGUGACUGUGAUCCAAUAAAACUUCUUUAUUUACAAAAAGAGGUGGUGGGCUGGAUUUGGCCUGUGGGUCAUACAUGGCCAGUCACUGACUUAAAUUGUUGAUUUUUUUUUGUUUGAGAAAUUAAAAAUAAAUUGUGUUUGAAUUAUACUCCAUUUUGGCAGACAGCCAUAUUUAGAAAGAAUUAUUUGUGCAUUGACAUUUUAUCUGUACCUCAAAUACAAUUCCGAACCAUUUAAGAACUAGCAGCUUACUAAGUUUUAGAACACUUACUCAUCAAAUUAGCUUUGCUAACCACGCUCCUGUAGGGCUACACCUCAAGUCCCAGUAAAAUCUUCCUAUUUUCCUUUUCUUGCUCUCUUAGCUUGUAUGGAU